AUGGCGGAGGUGGGCCGGGCUGUGGUGCGUGACCCCGGCGCGCUGCUCCCCGGCGGCUUCUGGGCGGCGGUGGCCGUGUGGCUGGAGAGGCCGCAGGUGGCCAACAAGCGGCUGUGUGGCGUCCGCCUGGAGGCCCGGCGGAGCGCUGUUCUGCCGGGGACCGAGCCCCGCGGCCCCAGGCCCGGUGCCGGCCCCGAGCCGGAGGAGCCGGCCGCCGCGGGAUGCGGGUCCGAGGAGAGACCGGGACCCGGCGAGCGUCCCUCCGCGGACGGCUCGGGCCUCAGGCCCAGCGCGGGCCCGGACGAGCCCCGGGGCCGGCGCCAGCAAGGGGAGGGCCAGAGGGAGGCCGCCGCGGCGUCUCUGCUCGCAGGGGCCCCGGGACAGCGCGGCGGGGCUGAAGGCGGGGAGGCCGCCUUCCCCACCGCGGAUCUGGACUCUCUCUGGGACGAUUUCUCCCGGAGCCUCGUGGGCGACCACCGGGAGCUGCUGGCCUUCCUCGCCGGCUCAGGGGCAGGACUGCAGCCCGAGGCCCGGCACGAGCUCGACGUGGUUCUCAGAACCGUCAUCCCGAAGAGGAGCCCGCACUGCCCGCUGGCUGCUCCGAGGAGAGAGGUGGUCGUGCGAGACGUCCUUAAUGGAACUGUAAGUUUUUUACCUUUGCAAGAAGAUAACGAAGGGAAUUUAAAGGUUAAGAUGGACAACGUGUAUCAGAUUCAGCUCAGUCACAGCGGAGAAGAAUGGUUCAUGUCUGUUUCAAUUUUCUGUCCAGAAAGAUGGCAUUCGGAUGGAAUUGUUUAUCCCAAACCCACCUGGCUGGGACAAGAGCUGCUGGCCAAGCUGGCCAGGUGGUCGGUGGAGAGCAAGAGGAGCGCGUUUAAAAGCACCCUGUCCCUCAUCCCCAUUCUGAAGUACAGCCAGGCUUACCAGGAGCUCAGAGCGAAGUACAGAGACAUGGUCAAGGUGUGGCCUGAAGUGACUGAUCCUGAAAAAUUUGUGUAUGAAGACGUGGCUAUUGCUACCUACCUGCUGGUUUUAUGGGAAGAAGAGAGAGCCACCCGGGGAGUGACAGCCAAGCAGUCUUUUGUGGACUUGGGGUGCGGGAACGGUCUCCUGGUGCACAUCCUGAACAGUGAGGGGCAUCCAGGCAGAGGGAUCGACGUGCGCAGAAGAAAGAUCUGGGACAUGUAUGGGCCGCAGACUUGCUUAGAGGAAGCUGCAAUCACACCCAGUGAUGACACCCUGUUCCCUGACGUCGACUGGUUGAUCGGUAACCAUUCCGAUGAGCUAACACCAUGGAUACCUGUCAUUGCAGCCAGGUCUUCCUACCACUGCCGUUUCUUUGUCCUCCCCUGCUGCUUCUUUGACUUCGUCGGAAGGUACUGCCGGAGGCAGAGCGAGAAGACGCAGUACCGAGGAUACCUGGAUUUCAUCCGAGAGGUGGGCUCCGCCUGUGGGUUCCACGUGGAGGAGGACUGCCUGCGGAUCCCUUCCACCAAGCGAGUGUGUCUCAUCGGGAGCUCCCGGACGUACCCGCCCGCCGCCGAGCCCGCCGCCGAGCAGCAGCGGACGCAGUACGUUCUCAGCCGGCGGGGCCGCCCUGGAGGACCGCCUGUCGAGGGGCCUGCCCCUGCCCCACCCCAGGUGGUUGCUGGCAACGUUGACCGCUGUCCCCGUGGUCAUUCCGACGGUCACAGAGCCCUGGAUGCAGGGGCUGAAGGACGCUGGCUGCCUGGGUUUCACCCGAGAGAGAAGGUGGAGCGUGUGAAGAAUUGCGCUGCCCUCCCUCGAGAGUUUGUUGACCACGUGGUUCUGCAAGUGGCAAAUUUGUUAUUGGGUGGAAAGCAGUCAAACCAGAGAAGUUGUCACAGCGAGAGUUUGAAGACCUGGAACCAAGGAGAGAGCCUUUCCCUGGCAGAAGUAGCCAGCGAGCUGGACAGGGAGACGCUGCAGAGGCUGAAGCGGGAGUGUGGCGGCUUGCAGACGCUGCUGAGAAACAACCACCAGGUGUUCGAAGUUCGGAAUGGGAGGGUGCACAUCCGAGACUGGAGGGAAGAGAAGCUUCAGAAGGACGAGCAGCCGGAGGCCAAGCGCAGACUGUUCUCCGAGGCUUUCAAAACCCGCCUCUGCUGGUUCUCCACUCACCACCCCGACGGCUGUGCUCUGCCUGCGGCCCGCUGCCCGUUCGCCCACGGGCCUGAGGAGCUGCGGCCACCCCCCAGCACCAAGAGGAGGAAGCAGCUUCUGUGAGCAGCGCCGUCGGGCUGGUCCUGCUCCAGCCGCUUCCCUCUGCCUGCCCUCGGCCUUCCUGGGGCUCCCCGGACGGGGAAGCUGGGAGCCGAAGGUCCUCCUGCCACCCGACCCGAGCCUGGGCUCGUUCACACAAGGGACUGGUAACGUGUGCGUCACCGCCAGAGCGGGGAGGUUCUGACGUCCUGUCGCUCAGGAGGCGCAGGAAGUGCCUACGCCAGCCUUUUCAGGGCGCCUGGCCCACCUGACCUGGGUGUCUGUGUGUGGCGGGCAGGGUCACCCGGAUACAGCCAGUCUCUGCCAGCUCACUGCUCUGGAGGCCCAGCAGCCGGGGUGAGCCUCCCUCCUCCCUGCCCUUCUCCACUGCAGCCUCCCCCAAGUGCUGACCCAGCUUUGUCUCUGGGGAGAAGUCCUGAUGUCUCCAUUUCAAAUUAUUUAUACACACAAAUCACAUCAACCAGACACUGUCGUGGCCCUUGAGUUCCCGUGGACAGUGUCCCAGCCACCUUUCUGGGUGCAGGUGUUCUCGUUCUCCAGUGCUGAGGGUCAGCUCGUGCCUUCUCCCAGAGGCCUCAGUGCGGUGCAGUGUUGGCCCUGCCCCUCUGCCCCUCUGCCCCUCCCAAAGGCCCUCGCCCCUUGGGCAUUGUGUGCGGGCUGCCGAGUCGCAGCAGUGCUUCCCGCUUAUGGGUGAGCUUGGCCGGGUGGUUGAUGCUGUGCCUGUCCCAGAGCUCCCCAGGCACAGCCAGCCUGAGCGCCCCCUGUGGCCGGAUGGUUGAUGCUGUGCCUGUCCCAGAGCUCCCCAGGCACACCCAGCCUGAGCGCCUCCUGUGGCCGGAUGGUUGAUGCUGUGCCUGUCCCAGAGCUCCCCAGACACACCCAGCCUGAGCGCCUCCUGUGGCCAGAUGGUUGAUGCUGUGCCUGUCCCAGAGCUCCCCAGACACACCCAGCCUGAGCGCCUCCUGUGGCCAGAUGGUUGAUGCUGUGCCUGUCCCAGAGCUCCCCAGACACACCCAGCCUGAGCGCCUCCUGUGGCCGGAUGGUUGAUGCUGGGCCUGUCCCAGAGCUCCCAGGCACAGCCAGCCUGAGCGCCUCCUGUGGACGGGGUCUCAUGAGCUCCCACGGAGGCUGUGAGGGAACUAGGGCAGUGUUGUUUUUCAGCCGGAAGGUUACCGUUUUGUUGUCUUCUGAUCUUUGUUUUUCUUUUUUCUCCCUUAACUGAUUUGAGAGAGAAACAUCUAUUUGUUGUUCCAUUUAUUUGUGCAUUUAUUGGUUGCUUCUUGUACGUGCCCUGACGCGAUGGACCUGUAGCCGUGGUGUGUCCAGACGAUGCUCUAACUGUGGAGCCCCCCCGAGGGCCCCUCCUCUGUUGUUUCUGAUGAGAAGUCAGUCAUCACUUCAUUGUACCUCUGUGCAGCGCGUGCUGUGCUUUUCCUCUGGCUGAUUGCGAGGAUUGUUCUUGUUAGAAUUCGGCAGUUUUGUGUCAUGCGCAUAAGCUGUGGUUUUCUUUCUACUUGGGGGGUUUACUGAACCCUGUAAAUCCCCGACUUACUGUUUUUGAUCUAAUUUGGAAAAAAAUAUCAACCAAUAUUCUAUAAAUAUUUUUUCCUGCCUUAUCUUCUCCUCCUAAACUCCCACUUUUAUGUGUGUGAGCUCACGGGACACAUCCCACACGUCAUCGGGGCUUUUAUCUUGUAACCUUUUUCCCCGUGUACCUAGGGUUGGAUGAUUUGUAACUUGACUUGUAUCCGAGUUCAUCAGUCCUUUCUUCUAUUG